AUACUGAGCUCAGACUUGGUGCUUAACAACUACCUCAUUCCAGCUGGGACCUUGGUCCACUUGUGUCUGUACUCGAUGGGCCGAAAUCCUGCGGUGUUCCUGAGUCCAGAGCAAUAUCACCCUGAACGCUGGCUGGACAGCAGGCAGAGCUUCCGCCACCUGGCUUUUGGCUUUGGGGUGCGCCAGUGUCUGGGGAGGCGGCUGGCAGAGGUGGAGAUGCUGCUGUUUCUGCAUCAUGUUCUGAAAUCAUUCCACGUGGAGACACCGCACAGAGAGGAUGUGAGCUUGUCCUAUCGCUUUGUUCUGAUGCCCACCUCCUUGCCUCUCCUCACUUUCCGCCCUGCUCGCUAGUCACACCUCCCCACCAAAGGUCCCAGGCACAUCACCGCCCCUGUCUCCACGAUCCCCGAUCCUCGGCCAUUCUUCUUUCUCUCCUGCAAGAGCACUGCUUCCUGGCCACACUGCUAUCCAGAUGGCCUCCUGCUCAAACAGCGCAGGCAAAGCCCUGCAGGAUGUGGACCCACCAGGCUGUGCAGCAAGGCCAGAGCAGAGCUCAGGAGGGGACCUCGGUGGCAGGUCCCGGUUGUGCCCGACUCCCAGUUCCACCCGGCUCGAUCUCCGCCAAGUCCCUCUGCUGGAGCACAGUGCUCUCUGAGCGUUGCUUUCACUACCUCCCGUGAGCACUCACCACACUGUGUGUGAAAUCAAAGAGUAGGAAAGUAACCGUGAAUACU